AAUAGAAAAAGUAAAACUAAUCAACGGCUGGCAGGUGGUUGGGCGAUGGGCAUAGGUCUGACCGGGUAGAGCGACAGUCCGGCUAGGACCAAAGCGGGUGACGUUGAAUCUGAUUGGACACGUGUCAGCGUGUCAAGCGAUCGUAAUAUGGUAGGGUGCAGGAUUGGAGAAUGGACGUGGUUGCACGGAAAUAAUAUUUUUGUUCGUCGAGUUUCGAGUUCACGCAAACGUGUCGCCACAUCUGAUUAGGAAUAGUGUUCCGUUUUCAUUAUAUGGUGUGACGCUUGAUUAGGAAGGUGUAUGAAUGAAAGGAUUAGUUUGCUUUCUUUGACAAAUGGUUUUUUACUUGGUUAUCAAUUUGCUUCCUAAUACUCUUUCUUCCUAAUUCUCUCAGAUAUGCACGUAAGGUGGCCGGCAACCCUGCUGCAGCAGGCGUGAUGGGCAGCCUGAAACAGUCUUCCACAUCCUCCGCGACUGCCCCCCGGCCCGUUACUUCUGGACUCGACAGGUUCCCACCCAAAGACAAAGUGCUUUCUUCAACAGUAAUCAGACAGCUUGGAUCCGAGACAACCUUUUCUGCAGUGACUCUUUGGACACAGGAAUGAGCUGGGAGACAUACUUCAGUACCGCUGCAUGGCUCCUCUGGAAGAACAGAUGUACCUAUGUCUUCAAAGGGGCUGUGGUGCGGCUCUUUCUUUACCUUCGCUUUCCCACUCCAUCAUUGCGAAAACCAAGUUGUGGCACGAGGCCUGGGAGGCUCCCUCCCGUCUACCCGGUGGAAGGAAAGGGCACAUCAUCUAGGAUGGAGGCCUCCCCAGGCAGGUUGGAGAACUCUAAAUAUCGAUGGAGCUUCAAAUGGGAACCCAACACCAGCUGGGGCGGGAGGUGUUAUCCGAGACUCCUCUAGGCAGUGGGUCUCCGGCUUUGUUGCGAAUAUUGGAACAACUUCGGCGGCUCAAGCUGAGCUUUGGGCGUUCUCUUAUGGCCUUGAUCUCGCUUGGAACACUGGCUGUAUGCACCUGAAUGUGGAAUCAGACUCCUGUUUGGCUAUUCAGCUCAUCUCCAGCAGACAUGAUCCGGUUCACCCCUAUGCCACCCUACUCUCGGCAAUUCGUAGGAAGGUAAGUCAUGAUUGGUUGGUUAGAAUCACUCAUACGUAUCGAGAAGGGAACAGAGUCGCGGACUGGUUUUCGAAGCACAGUCUCGUCUAUCCCUACGGUACACAUGAGCUUGCAAACCCACCUUCAGGUUUAAUUCACAUUCUUUGUGAAGACACCAUCGACACCAUUUUUGAGCGGCGGGUGGUCACGCACUCGGACCCCUUCUCUUAACUCUCCCCUGUAAUCUUCUGUUGCUUGGCUUUGGCCUCCCUCUUCGAAAAAAAUCAUAUAAUGAAUUUAUUAUCACUGAAAAAUCAAUAGUAAAUCAAAGUCUGGUUUGAAAUGAUUGGGUAAUAAUAAAUGUGUAGCCAAAAUAUAAAGAUUUUAACAUAAGCGUUAUUCGCUCCUUUCAAAUCACUCUUGAAUCAUUUUAUACGUGCGCCAGAACCAAUCACGUCUUUUUCCAUCUCCAGUUAGAUGUAAGUGUGAUCUCUGGAAAAGUUGUAUUGUAUAUAAUAUUGAUGUAGCUUCAUUUAGUACGAGACUUUUUAGAAAGAUGUUUAAUAACGAAUUCGUGUGGUUAUUGGCCGAAGCAGACAACUAUGAUACAAAUGUUAAUCGUCUUGCCCUCGACAUAUGGUGUCAAAGUCGAAGGAUUAAUCCAGAGGAAAAGGUAACUCGGCCAAAAAAAUACAACACCAAGCGCCUAAAUGGGCACCAAAACCCUUGGUUGAUAGACUUGUUUGCAUCUUUUUCUGGUUCUUCUUCAAGUUUAUAUUUAAAUAAGUAUCGUUGCUGAUCCAAUCCACCAUCUAUUUCGAGUUAUUCACAAGGACUAAAGAGGAUAUAACCCUUUCGCUCAAACUCUUAAAAGUGUUAUUAGAAACAAUAGCGUGGCUAUCGAAUAAAUGUUCUUCGUACCAACAAUUAUCAAGACAAGAAUAUAACUUGUUGAGAUCUUGAUUAGACCUAUGCCGACUUAUACGUGUUGUGACUUGUGUGUGAUGCAGCAUGGCAAGCAUUGUGAAAAAAUUCUGCACUAUGGGUGCACCAAAUGUCAAAUGGAUGGCAGAACCCUAUUCCAUUUCUAACUUGUACCUACAUAACCUUAGAAAUCUGACAUAAUCUUCUCUAUCUAAUUCAAUCCAACAUGGGCUUUCGGUUUUUAUUCUAUACAUCUAUAAUCUCCGAAUCGAGCACUGCCGCACAUAUUCUGAGCCCGGAUUUGCACUGUAAUUGCCGUGGGCACAUAUGGAUAUGAUGCUUUAUUUAUAUAUAUAUAUAUAUGGACAUUAGAGAUGUUCGAGUUCGUCGGUUUUUUUUUUAUAUAUACAUCAUUCUUGAAUUACGAUUUCAAAAUCAUCACCAUUCGUGUAACUAACUGUUGGUAGAGACAUUAUACAGUCAAUCAAGACGACCAAAAAGACAUUUAGACGAUUUGUCGCAACAUUCAUAUACUAGUAAAUGUACUUAGAUUCCAAUUAUCUCUUAUCCCACAUUUGAUUAACCUUAAAAGACAACCUCAUAAUGUACAUUUGGACAACAUUCACUGAGAAAUGAGUCAGCAAAAUUCAUCUGGGAGAACAGAACAUGACCUAGCAGCACCAUGUGCUGGCUUGGCUUGGCCUUAAUUUCAUUGAAUUAUGCAAUGCAUAAUUGGGUAGGUAGCCUAGCCAGCAGUAGCACCCAUUGUGAUCCAUUUCUCACUUGAAACAUAUCGAUAUGUAUAUCCACCAAAAGGAACUUCUCUUCGUGCUGCAAGUAAGCGUUUUUCUUCAGUAUUCUAAGGCAGUUGACAAAGUUGGAACUUUGUUAGGUGCAAUGGUGUCAUGGUGUGAAGAUAAAUAAAAACAAGACCCUUGCGGGGAGAAAAGACUAUUCUGGGGUCGUUACAUCCUCUAAGCUCUAAACAGAACAGAUCGAUUACCUCAUCAACAAGGAAUGAUGUUGCAGUGAGCAAGCAGAUGAGCAUAAUCCUGAUCAUAUCUGGAUUAGAGAGAAUGAAAUGCGAAAGCAGGAGGGUAAUGUUGUGGUAACCAACAGCUGGAUCAUAUUAGAUCAGGACAACACUUCACCAAUUAGGUCAAUCCAGCUGACCUUCCCCUCAGUCAGAGAUUUCAAAUUCGGCUUCCUGGAUAGCAAUGAACACAUCUGGACUCUCUUUGACAGAUACUGAUAAAUAUAUAUCAGCUGCAACAAAUCCCUGCGUGUUGAGGAUUGGGAACAAGACAAUCAAGAGCAACAAGUUCAUUCUCCAACUCUCCCCGCUUAUAAGCGUUGAGCUCUGCAGAAGCAUUCUGAUGUCGAAGCAACCUUACUUCCAGCACAUAUAAUCAAGUCACCGAAUCCCCAGCAAACAGAAUGUCACAAAUCUUUUGAUCAAGAGGAACAUUAUCCCGACUAUUACCCUGACUCAAUAGGCUAUUCUUUUCCCUCCUGUAAACUUCUACUUCACUUGCUCUACCCAACUUCUCAAGACCCGCCAUCAUUGCGAAAACCAAGUUGUGGCACGAGGCCUGGGAGGCUCCCUCCCGUCUACCCGGUGGAAGGAAAGGGCACAUCAUCUAGGAUGGAGGCCUCCCCAGGCAGGUUGGAGAACUCUAAAUAUCGAUGGAGCUUCAAAUGGGAACCCAACACCAGCUGGGGCGGGAGGUGUUAUCCGAGACUCCUCUAGGCAGUGGGUCUCCGGCUUUGUUGCGAAUAUUGGAACAACUUCGGCGGCUCAAGCUGAGCUUUGGGCGUUCUCUUAUGGCCUUGAUCUCGCUUGGAACACUGGCUGUAUGCACCUGAAUGUGGAAUCAGACUCCUGUUUGGCUAUUCAGCUCAUCUCCAGCAGACAUGAUCCGGUUCACCCCUAUGCCACCCUACUCUCGGCAAUUCGUAGGAAGGUAAGUCAUGAUUGGUUGGUUAGAAUCACUCAUACGUAUCGAGAAGGGAACAGAGUCGCGGACUGGUUUUCGAAGCACAGUCUCGUCUAUCCCUACGGUACACAUGAGCUUGCAAACCCACCUUCAGGUUUAAUUCACAUUCUUUGUGAAGACACCAUCGACACCAUUUUUGAGCGGCGGGUGGUCACGCACUCGGACCCCUUCUCUUAACUCUCCCCUGUAAUCUUCUGUUGCUUGGCUUUGGCCUCCCUCUUCGAAAAAAAUCAUAUAAUGAAUUUAUUAUCACUGAAAAAUCAAUAGUAAAUCAAAGUCUGGUUUGAAAUGAUUGGGUAAUAAUAAAUGUGUAGCCAAAAU